ACCUUUGCGUGUCAAACCAUUUUUAUAUGAAGAGACAUAGGCAGUGUUCCCUCCGUGUGCAAUGCAAAGCCUUUUCGACGCUUGAACCCCUGUCGAUUUCUUCGCGAUGGUUGCAAAAAAGUCGCAAUCUAGUAACUUUGCUUCUCAUCGGUAGCUUCUUUCCAAGUCCGUUAGUUAACGUUGGUAGUGCAACAACACUUUCUUCUGCCAAUUUUUCCAACGUGGAUCCAUAUGGAAACCAUCUUUCUUUUCUGGAAACUGCACAGUGGUUUCAGUCUGUGGCCCAAGUUGAACCAGCUUUGCUAAACUUUGACGAAACACUUGCCUUGUCAACAGAUUCGGAAACGUUCUCUUUGUAUCCUUGUUUGAAUUUAGGUCGUUCGACUUGUAACGAUUCCCUUAUUUCUAAUAGCAAUUAUUCAAGUAAAUAUGCAAAUACAAAAGAAAUUAUAGUAGGCGACAAGUCUAAAGGAAAGUUUCCCUGGAGUGCUUGGUUCAAAGUGGAGGACACUACGGCAGUCAAUAAGGAAGAAACAAAAGUUGAGAAAAAGGGUCGCUAUGUCUUUGUCAUUGUGACUUUGCUUGUUAUUGCUUGUGUAGUCCCUAUGAUUCAAUAUUUUUCUUACACUCGGGAUAAAUAAGGAGACGGUUUUGUUUUAUGCAAAGGGUCAUUAUGAAUCCAACAGCCUUGAAACAACAUGGAAUGUCCUUUGAAGGGUCCUGAGGGUUGCAUUGGAAAUAAAAUUUCCCUUCGAAUCUUUGUCAAAAA